UCUCUCGGUGUCUCAGUGUCUCUCUAUCUCAGACAGGCUCCCAUGCUCUCCUCGGCUCCUGUAAAAGUCCUCUCUCUGUCGGAUAAAUGGAGACGACCUGAGCCGCUGGGACUGCUGGUGAAGCAACCGGUUUCGUGAUUUAUUUAUUUUUUAAAGAAAGAAGAAGAAGAAGAAGAAGAAGAAGAAAAACACCAACCGAGAGCACAAACAGCCGGGUUCACUCUGCCCUGCUGCACUCUCUGGACUAAACUUCCACCGCAGCUCAGGGUGCCAGAGAUGGAAAACGGGACCUCGGAGGAUGUGGAGGCGCUGUGGGAGAAGGUGGAGUGCAAACGUUACGAGCUGUGUCGCACCAUCUCCCCGGCAAAGCUCACCCCCUACCUCCGCCAGUGCAAAGUCCUGGACGAACAGGACGAGGAUGAGAUCCUCAACUCCAUGCUGCUGGUGAACAAAGCAAACCGCACAAGCCGUCUACUUGACAUCCUCCACACUAAAGGAGAGCGGGGGUACGUGGCAUUCCUGGAGAGUCUGGAGUUCUACUACCCCGACCUGUACAAGCUGGUCACAGGGAGGGAUCCCACGCGACGCUUCUCCACCAUCGUGGUGGAGGAGGGUCACGAGGGCCUGACCCAGUUCCUGAUGAACGAGGUGAUGAAGCUGCAGCAGCAGUCCAAAGCCAAGACCCUGCAGCACGUCGAGCUGAGCAGGAAGAACCUCACCCUGGAGGAUGAGCAGAAGAAGCUGCGGCUGGCCAAUCAGGAGCUCCAUGCCUUCCAACAGAGGUACAAUAAGCUGAGAGAAGAAAGGAACACCUACAGCGACGAGCUGCUGAGAGUGAAGGACGAAAACUACAAACUGGCCAUGAGGUACGCCACGCUGAGCGAGGAGAAGAACAUGGCUGUCAUGAGGAGCCGAGACCUGCAGCUAGAGAUUGAUCAGCUGAAGCACAGGCUGAACAAGGUGGAGGAAGAGUGUAAAAUGGAGAGGAGGCAGAGUCUCAAGCUGAAGAACGACAUCGAGAACCGACCAAAGAGAGAGCAGAUCUUUGAGCUGGAGAGAGAGAACGAAAUGCUCAAGAUCAAACUACAGGAGCUGCAGUCCAUCAUACAACCCGGCCCGCUACCUGCGUCAGACAAAGCCAUCCUUGACAUUUUGGAGCACGACAGACUGGAGGCAUUAGAGGACAGACAGGAUCUGGUCAACCGCCUCUACACCCUCCAGGACGAAGUCAGACAGGCUGAGGAACUGAGAGAUAAGUACCUGGAGGAGAAGGAGGAGCUGGAGCUGAAGUGCUCCACGCUGCAGAAGGACUGUGAGAUGUAUCGUAACCGCAUAGACACCAUCACCAUCCAGUUAGACGAGGUGGAGAAGGAGAGGGACCAGGCCUUUCGAUCGAGAGACGAAGCCCAGCACCAGUUCUCUCAGAGCCUCAUCGACAAAGACAAAUACCGCAAGCAGAUCAGAGAGCUGGAGGAGAAGAGCGACGAGCUCCACAUCGAGAUCGUACGCAAGGAGGCCAAGCUGGUCACGCUGGAGUCUCGCCUGCGACGGAUGUCCAAAGACAUCGUUCUGGAGCAGGUUCAGAGUUUGCCAAGGGACCUGCCCCCGACCAUCAUCUCUCAGGGGGAGGGCUUUAAACCCAUCCAGGGCCAAUCAGAAUGGUCCAGCGAUGAGUCACCGGAGGAUAAGUUCUUGACCGACGAGCCACGCCUCAAACGCAGACCCAACUUCAAAGAAAGGAAAGGAGUGAAGUCUCCGAUCUGUGUGCCUAAAGACGUCAACUCAGACGCCCCUCAGCCUGCAGCUCUGUCCGUCGGCGGAGGAGAAUGUCUGGAAAUCCAGAUGCCGAACUCGCACAGCCACUCCCUCCCGGCCUCGCCCAGCUUCCCGAUGUCCCCCAUCUUCACGCCCUCCUCAGCUCCUCUCCUGUCCUCCUCCUACUCCCCGGCCCCCUCCCCCACCCCUUACUCUGUAGUGGAACCGUCCAACAGGCCAAACAUGCUGCGUUACCGUAACGACAGCAUCCUGUCCACACUCCCCGAGCCGCCGGAGCAAGCAUCACUGUACCGCAGAGAAAGGGAGAAGGAACAUGACUUCCACCCCCGCAGCCUCUCUGACUUUGACAGUGACAACAUGGAAAUGGAGUUUGAGGACGAAGUGCAUCACAGUCCGCCUUCUGUCCACUCGUCGUCCUCGUCCCAUCAGUCAGAAGGGAUGGACACUUACGACCUGGAGCAGGUCAACAACAUCCUCAGGAAGCUCUCUCUGGAGAGGCCCUUCCGUCCUUCUCUUUCCUCCUUCUCAAGGAUCAGCUCUUCUCUAAAGCCGGUGCAGGAGCUGACGCUGCUGGGCGACAACCUCCUGAAGGACAUCAGUCUGGUUGGAGGCAACGAGAGCGGGAUUUUCAUCUCAUCUGUUCAGUCGGGCUCGGCGGCAGAGAAGGUGGGGCUGCGCGAAGGCCACCACCUCCUGUUGCUUGAGGGAUGCAUACGCGGGGAGAACCAAAGCAUUUCAUUGGAUACCAGCACACAGGAAGAAGCCCAUUGGAUGCUGCAGCACUGCUCCGGACAAGUCAAGCUGCACUAUAGAGCCAACUUUGACUCCUUCCGACGACUUCAGAGGAGCCUGACGGACGGCACUCUGGCUUCUGGCGACUCCUUCUACAUACGGGUCAACCUCAAUAUCUCCAGCCAAUCGGACAGCUGCUCCCUGAGCGUGCGCUGCGAUGAAGUGGUGCACGUGCUGGACACCCGGCACCAGGGCCGCUGCGAGUGGCUGUGCGCCCGUGUCGACCCCUACACCGGCAACGACCUGGCCGACCGCGGCACCAUGCCCAGCAACUCACGGGCCCGACAGCUGCUCUUGGUAAAGAUUCAGAAGUUAGUGUGCCGUGGGGGAAAAGAAGAGAAUGAAAGUCAACGCAACAGUCGGUAUUUAACGCCGGAGGAAGCGAGCGCAUCUCCUGACCCCAAAGCCAGCCCACGCCUGUCGAGAGCCAGCAUCUUCCUCACUCAGAUAAUACAGUUUGUCAGCAGAGUGGAUAUCAAGUACAAGCGGAUGAACAGCAGCGAGCGCGUGAGGAUCAUCAACUCAGCAGCAACACUACCCAGACAAGGCCUCGAGACGCUGCGACCUGAAGAUGCUGCUGACCCAGACAGUGAGCUUAGCAGGAGUUUGAACCUGAUUCCCUACAGUCCCGUCACCCCCCAGCGAACCCAGAGGAGAAGACCAGUCCUGUUCACUCCCACUGCCCUCGCCAAGACCAUCAUCCAGAAAAUACUCAACAUGGGGGGGGCCAUGGACUUUAAUAUCUGCAAACCAGACACUCUGUCCAAAGAAGAGUUUCAUCUGAAACAGAAUGUGGAGCCUUUCAUUCACUACAAAGAGAAACACGCCACGUUUGAAUGCAUCACGAGAGAAAAUAUAGAGGCGGUCGCUGCUAAGGGCAAACACUGCCUGCUGGAGGCUGAGCUGAGCUGCGUCAAAGACCUUCUGCGGAGAGAAAUCUACCCAAUCAUCAUCUACGUCAAGAUCUGCGAGAGAAAUGUCAAGAAGUUACGGAAGCUGCCUCUGCGCGUGGAGUCGGAGGAUGAGUUUGUGAGGUCGUGUCGGGCGAAAGAGAAGGAGCUGGAGGGCAUUCCCUGCCUCUACGCCAGCCUGGAGCCCGAGGCCUGGGCAGGGACGGACGACCUCAUCAGGGUCAUCAAAGACCGAAUCCUGGAGGAGCAGAAGAAGACGGUGUGGGUGGAGCAGGACCUCCUGUAGACACACCACCCAUCGAUACACACAACAGUCUGUACAUGAAGAUGAACAUGUUUCACUGAACACCACAAUUCACGUCGUCACACCAUGCCUUCUAUGCAUUUUUAUAUUUAUACUCAAAAAUGUACAUGUGGACACUCUGUUAUAGACUUAAAAUAAAUGCAUUAUUAUUAUAUU